ACAGAAUAUAACUCCUCGGCUAAACGUACAAAAAAGGAAAUUGAAAUUGAAAUUCUACCAAAAUACACCAAAAAAUCCACACCCAUUUGUUGAAUCAAUUACUUCAAUUAUAAUUUCUCUUUCUGUACCAAACUUCUUCUCUCUCCAUAAACCAAACUGAAACCUAAAGGAAGCAAAAGUUUUUCAGAGAAAUGGAGAUUUUGAACCCAACAGAGGCGAGUCUCAUGGUGGAAGAUGACCUUUUGAACUUCACUUUGGAAGGGGAAGAGGAAGAACUGAAACCGACUUUCAAUUUGAAGGGCCAUUUUUCUUCUUCUCAAUCCACGAACCCGUCGACAACAAUUUCUCGAACCGAAACUCAAAACGCUUCGCUUCCUGAAUUUGUGGAGGAAGAUUUGGAAUGGCUAUCCAACAUGGACGCGUUCCCAUCCGUGGAAACAUGCUUUGGCAUUUUGUCGGACAAUCCGGAACUUAUGUUGAACCGAGAGAGCCCGGUAUCAGUUCUUGAAAGCAGCAGCAGUAGCAUCAAUAGCAAUAGCAAUAGCAAUUCGAAUGGCAGCACCGUUGCGAGCUGGUGUGGCAGCUUUAAAUUCCCAGGUAACAACCUAGGUCGUGCCCGUAGUAAGAGACAAAGAAAAAGAGCUGGCUUCGGCGAGUUUCCCAGCCAGCAAUGUUUGUGGUUGAACGAAAUUAAGGUCGAGAAGAAAAAGCAAGAAUCAUUUUCAUUGCAACCAUCACUAGUGAUGAUAAAGAAUGGAGCUGGUAUGGGGAGGCGGUGCUUGCAUUGCCGAGCUGACAAGACGCCACAGUGGCGAGCUGGCCCCAUGGGGCCAAAGACACUUUGCAAUGCUUGUGGGGUGCGAUACAAGUCCGGUCGCCUCCUGCCCGAAUAUCGACCUGCAAGUAGUCCAACAUUCUCAAACACCUUACACUCGAAUUCUCACAGGAAGGUGAUCGAAAUGAGAAGGCAGAAGCAGAUAGGACCACCAGAUGGAAUUGUGGCAAACGAGACUUGUGAAUAUAAGGUAGGAUAGUGGUGAGUAGUGCACUUCAGUGUUUUAGUUUUAGUUAAUUUUUUUUAGCUUAGUUAUAUUUAAGUUUUAGGCUUGUUGUAUUGGACUAGCUGGUUAGUGUAUUACAUUUGUGGUUUUUUUUUUUUUUUCAUAACAAAAUCCAUUAGGGAAUUUUGAACUUUAGUGUGUUUGAUUAUGCAUUAGAAUAUAUAUUUCAUACAAGAAAUGCCCCUUUUUACAUCAGAA